AUGGAAGAUUAUGUGAAGAAGAGGAAGAAGAGGGAGGAAAAGGGGUUUCACGGCUGGGGUUCUGGGAAUGUUGAGCCUAGCAAUAUCAUUCCGUGGGUGCCCCCUCGUAUAAGCGUGGACGCCACACAUUUAUUUACAACUGACCAGAUAUUUGAUACUCGUGAUGAGCUUGAACAAUGGGCUAAGAAUGUUGGAAAGGCGAAUGGUUAUGUGCUGGUGAUCGCAAGGUCUGACUAUGCUAUAAGUGGAGGAAAGGUAUUUGUUACUAUUAAGUGUGCGAAGCAUGGUAUUUACAGGCCAUACAAGGACCCGAAUACAUUCAAGUACAAAAAGACCGCAUCACAAAAGACUGAUUGUAAGUUUAAUCUCAAAGGACGACCUACGAAGGGUGAUAGAAUGUGGUGGCUGAAAGUGAUGGAUGGUAAACACAACCAUGAACCAGCUAAAUCACUAGUUGGCCACCCCUACGUUGGUCGACUAACAGAGGAAGAGAAGGGGCUUGUGGGCACCAUGACUAGUACUUGGACUCCACCGAGACAAAUACUAGCGGCAUUGAAGGAAAACAAUCCAAGUAACUUGACUACAAUCACUCAAGUUUACAGUUGCAACAAAAGGUUUAAAAAAGAGGAGAGGGGACCAUUGACAGAAAUGCAACAUUUGAUGAAGAAGUUGGUAGAAGCCAAGUAUGUUCACUUUGAAAGGCAACAAGCUGAUUCAAGUGAGAUUAGGGAUCUCUUUUAGGCUCAUCCUGAUGCGGUCAGACUCUUCAACACAUUCCCUCAUGUGGUCAUCAUGGAUUGCACGUUCAAGACAAACAGAUAUCAGAUCCCCUUGCUUGAAAUGGUUGGUCUCACUUCUACGGGGUUGACUUUCUCCAUAGCAUUUUGCUACAUAGUUAGGGAGCACACAAUUGACUAUGUUUGGGCCUUGGAGUGCAUGAAGUCUCUUAUUGCCGAUGAUGCCAGAUUACCUCAAGUGAUUGUGACUGACAGAGAUUUGGCUUUACUGAGUGUUGUUAAGCAAUGUCUUCCCAAUUGUACCAAUUUAUUAUGCCGGUUCCACAUAAACAAGAAUGUGGAGGCAAAGUGCAAAGUGUUAAUUGGCACGGAUGAUUUUGCCCUUUCAGUGAUGGAGAACUGGAAAUGCCUGAUAUAUGCUGAAACAGUGGAACAAUUUGAUGAGGAAUGGAAGGAAAUGUGUGUCAUGUGUAAGGACUUCCCAGAUUUCAUAUCCUACAUUUCUACUACAUGGUUAAAGCACAAGGAGAAAUUUGUGAGUGCGUGGACCAAUUCUGUGUUGCAUUUUGGAACAACAAUG